AUGGCUUCUUCUUCGAAUGGUUGCCGCUCUCAUCAUCACCACAAUCACCACUGCCCUCACUGCCCCCUCCGCCGUCACUGCCACCACUGCCCCCUCCACAACAACAACCCUUCUCACUCCUCCUCCCACAAUUUCACUUCUCCUCCUCCUCUUCAAACUCAAAACCUCCCUCCUCUUGCUCACAUCAGAAUUUCACAAGAGAAGGAGCAUAUUGUGUUUGAUGGUGUUGAAGAGGAUGAUGAACCGGUUUUUGUUAUGACCGACGAAUGGAGAGAGUUCUUUGCGAAAUCUGAAGCUAGGAGGAAACUAGAGAAGAAGCAGGUCAAGAAGGGGAAAAAGUAA